GCCAAUCCAGCCACGACAAUCGAACAGCCAGCAUUGAGUAAUCUUGCACAUGGGGUUCCAGUCUCAUUGAAAGAGCUCUCAAGCCUUGUUUGUCGAACGUGUCCAGCUGAUGAAGGACAACAUGAUGACCAUCAGUUGAGAGCACAAGACACCGUGGCCUUGCUUAGUGACGUGCUGCACCCACCUCUGUCCUUGUCCCUCCACCCGUCUCCAGUUCUUCAUCCCUCCAGCCCUCUCUCCAGUCCUUUACCCCUGUCUCUGUCUCUGCCCCCACCCAAACCAUCACCAUGGGGGCUGAGAAAGAUGCCGACACCUUGUCGACUGGCUCCAUGCGUCUGAAGCAGGAGAUCUCUCUGCUCCACGGGGUCUGCCUCAUCGUGGGCAACAUGAUCGGCUCGGGCAUCUUUGUGUCUCCCAAAGGGGUUCUCUUCUACACAGGCUCCUUCGGGCUGUCUCUGGUGGUGUGGGCCAUCGGCGGGGUCUUCUCCGUGUUCGGGGCUCUGUGCUACGCCGAGCUGGGAACAACCAUCCGCAAGUCUGGGGCCAGCUAUGCAUAUAUCCUGGAGUCCUUUGGAGGCUUCCUGGCUUUUAUUAGGCUGUGGACAUCCCUGAUGAUUGUGGAGCCAGCCUGCCAGGCUGUCAUAGCCCUCACCUUCUCCAACUACCUUGUGCAGCCCUUCUACCCCACCUGCACAGCCCCUUACGAUGCUGUGAGACUCAUAGCAGCAGCCAUCAUCGGUCUCCUAACGUGUGUGAACUGUAUGAAGGUGAAGUGGGGGGCCAUCCUCCAGGUGGUCUCUACAGUAGCGAAGGUCUUGGCUCUCAUCGUCAUCAUCAUCACUGGGAUGAUCAAGCUGAUACAAGGCCAGACGCAGAACUUUGAGGAUUCGUUUAAGGGUUCUAAAGUGAACCCUGGGGAUAUGACCCUGGCUCUGUAUGCUGCGCUGUACUCCUACUCCGGCUGGGACACACUCAACUUCAUCACCGAGGAGAUCAAGAACCCGGAGAGGAACCUCCCGUUGGCCAUAGGGAUCUCCAUGCCCAUCGUCACAGUGAUCUACAUCCUGACUAACGUUGCCUACUACACUGUGAUGAAUGCUGAAACCGUGCUGGCCAGUGAGGCUGUUGCUGUGACGUUUGCUGAUGAGGUGCUGGGCUGGGCUUGGUGGCUAAUCCCCUUGUCAGUGGCCAUUUCCUGUUACGGAGGACUCAACUCCUCCAUCAUCGCUGCCUCCAGGCUGUUCUUCGUGGGCUCCAGGGAGGGCCAUUUACCCAACGUCCUCUGCAUGAUCCACGUCAAGCGCUACACACCCAUCCCAGCCCUGCUCUUCAAUGGCGGCAUGUCUCUGAUCUACCUGUGUGUGAAGGACGUGUUCCAGCUCAUCAACUACUUCAGCUUCAACUACUGGCUGUUCAUCGGUCUGUCCAUCGCCAGCCAGAUAUACCUCCGGGUCAAAGCUCCGGACAUGCACCGGCCCGUCAAGCUCUCCCUCUUCUUCCCUAUAGUAUACUGCCUAUGCAGUGUGUUCCUGGUUGUAGUACCGCUCUACAGCGACACCAUCAACUCUCUGGUGGGCAUCGGCGUGGCUCUGUCUGGAGCUCCAGUGUACUACAUCUGUAUCCACCUGCCCCCCUCCUCCAGACCUGCCUUCCUGGGCAGGAUGCUCGACGUGAUCUCCCUGAACACCCAGAAGCUGUGUCUGUGCUGUGUGGUCUCACCUGACCUAAACCUGGACAACAUCCCUGAGGAGAAGCUGGAGUAAGGGAUAGAUGGAAGGUGUGCAGGGAUGGAGGGAGACACCAAGCCAUAGGGUGGAACAUACAGCCCACCACCAUAGCUACACUCCACCGACCUCCUCUCCACAACACUUAUCGAGAAGCUGUUUUUCUUCUUUUUUUACCCCGGACCUGGAUUUCCUAUGGGACUGCACAGUGAGUGUUGUGUUCAGUGUUAUGGUUGGCCUGAGGAAAGCCACUUUCUACUGCUGGUCACCCACUACAUCCACAUGCAAACAGCACAAUGUAGUUCACGCCUACUAGUUACACCUAUGGAGACUGACACCUAUGGAGACUGUUAACUAUGGAGACUGUCAACUAUGGACGUUGAACCAUUAAAAAAAAAAAAAAAAAGCUAGAAACCCAAAUGGAGAUUUUAACAGGAUGUACUACUGACCAUUUUAGGAGGAGGUUUUCAAAUAGCAGGACCUACUGACCAAAGAUUAGGUUUGAAGUUAGUGGAGAUUGAAGUGUCUGUUGCUUUAUCUAGAUAUUGAAUGAGUUGGAUAUUAAAGUGAUGUUGUUUUUUUUUUAAGUUGGAGGGGUUAGUCAAAGAUGCCUGUUCUGGCCCGACUUUACUUUCCUUAGGCCAGGUGUGGAGUGCACCAACAAACUGCCUUUCAAUGACCUGUCUUUGACAGUUUUAGGUCUGUACUCUCCUGUACUGGACAAGGGUCACUGAAGAUUAUUCCAUCCACUUAAGUGAUCGUGUCAAGUGACUUUGACAUAUGUACUGUAUGGAAACUGGCAUGGGUUGAGCCAUUAUGUCUUUUGAAGUAAUGUUUAUUGGUGAAUUUGACCGACUGGAUUAGAAGAACAAAGUGUUUCCUAUUUGGGUCUGUGCUCUUUAUUUGUCUCUACCAAGUUAAGCUAUUCUCCCUGAUGACUCACUCGUUCCCAUGACAAAAGAUUGCUGUUUAUGUUCAUUUUCUGUCCUGCGUUUCUGUUUACAGCUUUAUUUCUCACCAGUGUAAUCUGUCCUUGAUGGACUGACCUCACAUACCGUACAUAGCACUCACAGGAUAUGAUAACCUAUUCCAGGGGUUGGCAACAGUUUUUAGGACUUUCGUUUUUUGGUAAAGGGAAAAGUCAAAAUACUUUAAAAUCAGGAAUUCAGCAAAAAAUGAGGUUAAUUUAGGAAGUCUGUUCAAGUAUUCCCACAAAUAAAAAAAUAUCUAGUCAAGAUAUGAAAUUAUUAUUUUCAAAUACAAUUUAUUUUUGGGCUUAGUCGUAGUCAAUUUGCAGUGUAGAAAUGGUUCUCAUUUUGUCGUCCCACCCCGUCCAUAUGCUCUGACAGAAAUCGGCCUGUGGCUGAAUCUAGUUGCCUAGCUACCUCUGGCCAAUGCCCUUAGUACACCAAUCUAGCUAGCUUUCUCAGUCAGCGUUGAAGUCGGCUACAGCGACAUAACAGCACUCAGUAGUCAAGUUAGUUACAUUUUACUGAGAUAUUUCAUUUCAAACCAUAAUCGUUUCUGAAGAACCAAACUGAGUUGCUGAUGUAGAAAUGGGAUAAUGUAGAAUGGAUGUUUCCAAUGAUAUACAGGACUGGUCACAAUUACGUUUUGUAUGAAAACAUAUAUACCCUUUUUUGCAAUUGAGAUGGUUAUCCUAUUCAUGAAAUCUCAGCCAUAGAAUUGUCAUGCAUGUCUCACUUUCAAUUGUUCUUUUGUCAUCUUGUUUUAGACCUAGAAAUCCUACAACAUGAAUUUAGUAGGAUCCAAUGCCAUAUAUGCACAUUCAUGCCAUUUUAAUUGAACAUCCUGUCAGCUGCAUUCUUUAAGAGGAAUGCAACAUCUUCGUUACAGUGCAAUUCAUUGAGACCCCAGACCAAAUAUUACAGCUACUGGCUGGGACAUUUUGAUUUCCAUGCACCAUCUAGUGGUAGUUUUAUGAACUUCAGGUUGUUGAGGGAUGAGUCAGUCAAUGUUGUCGAGUACUGUCUGCAUUCAGGGGACUUGAAAAAUCCAGACUUAGUAAAUGCCAUCCAAAAGUUUUUGUUCUGUAUUCGCUCUUUUAUUGGUGUAUGUAUACUGAGCAAAAAUAUAAACGCAACUUGCAACUAUUUCAAAAGAUUUUACUGAGUCGCUGGAUAUUGGCGAGAA